AGCAUAGAGAUUUACAAAGAUAAAGCUCUGUGGAAGUCAGGUGUGUCCACCUGGAGCUUGAAGAUCAUAAUAGAGUCACCUUACAGAAUUUUUUUAAUUUACUACAUGUAGGAUCCAUUUAAGAUUCACUUAGCUCAUCAGGCUAGAUUUCUUGAAACAUUAAUAGACCUCGGUUGAUCAGUCAGAAAAUCUGGUUUUCAACCCAUAAAAUUUCCAAUUAGAAUUUGUCAGCCAGCUUGCUCAAGAAUUCUGUGAUUUAGCUUGUACAGGUAAAAUUUUUCCAGUCCUGUUUCUAGGACAGAGGUGUACAUCACUGCAUGCUCACAUGAAAUCUGUCAGAAAGAGAAGGCUUCACUAGUCAGGAAAAGCAUACAUUCUUCUUUGGGGAUUCAGUCUGCUGUGUGUGGUGGGAGUUGGCUGGGAUGGGCUGUGAGGGACUGUGUUUCUUUUAAUGGCAGUGAGCACGUGGUGUGCCUCUGGUUCUUGCAUUGCAGAAGAUAGAUGGGUCAAUGCAAAUUAUGGUCAAGUUUUAUUGCUGUUUUCCUAGUUGUUCAAAAUUCCUCUCUGAAGCUGUGAUUUACUAGCGAUGCCCAGGUCCAAAGAUACUCAUCUCUUGAGCUGGACUGGCUGUACCCAACAGCCCAUCCCUGCCCAGAGAGGAGGGAAAGUAGCAGCUGGGGCAGGGCAUCCCCUCUUUUUUUCCUGGCUCCUGUCUCACAGCUACUCUGUAUGCAGUUGUUGUUCUUACUGAAUGGUGAAGAUGGGCAGAAACACUGCAUACUCCUCCAGGAACUUGCUGUGAUCUUUGCCAGUCCUCCAUCAUAAAUUUCUACCUUUUUUGGUUUGGGUUUUUUUCCAAAACCUUCAAUUUAAGCAUUAUCCUAGCCAGCCAGCAAUAGGCCAGAGUCCAAUUAUUCCUAAUUACAUAUUAUCAUGUACUUGGUCUCCUUCAUUCCCAGUGCCCCCUGAGUCACCUGCAGCCUCCUGUCAGUCUCUUCAGGCUCUUUUGAUAUUUUGGUAUUUUCUGUCUGCCCAUCCUCACAGAACUCAUAUUUUCCUGGAUGUCAUGCAAAUCAAAACACCAGGGGUCAAGCAAAGGAAGGCAGUCCACUAAAGGGACAAAGUGAUGGGCAGUGAAGUUUGCUUAAAAAGAUUGCAAAAAUCUUGUGUUGAAGGUUGUGUUGCUGCUUUAUCUCAUGUUAUGGCCAGGAGCAUGGAUUUGUACAUUUGGUCAGCCUGAAAAUGUGUUUAAACACACUUUUGUUACAGAGGUGUGUUCAUAGGGAUUGUAGAAGUUAUCAAAGGAAAAAUGGACAGUCAAGAUGACAUUCAGCGGCUGGCCUUUUUUAGAUCUACCUUACCAGUUCUGCCACUGCUCCUUGUUCUGUCUCCAGUGAAUGCAUCUACUUGUGCAAUGGGAAAUAAAACAGCAGAAAUCCGUGUGAAGUAUGAGAAUGUACUAAGUCACGACAUCAAUGAGCUGGUAAAUAUGUCUGCAGAGAAUCGUGACAGGUGCUGCAAGAAUAAAAAAUAUGAAAAUAUCAAAGUGUUUUUCUGCAAUGAUACUGAGGAAAUAGAAUCACUACAGAGUAUGGCAUGCAACAUGCUCAGAUUCUUUAAUAAGCAGAGAAUCAGCAAAGCCUUUAGACAGAAAGCAGCCUUUGUCUCAUGUGGGACAUUACAAGUUCUACAGUGUAAGUGUGAAAGACCUAAAAAAGAAAAGGUUUGCCCACACGUAUUUCGUUUAGAAGAUACAGAGACAGGUGAACAGUCCAGAAAGAAAUGUAACCAAGAAGUUUGCGAACUAAAAGAAAAUAUAUCUAGCCUUCGAUCCUGCUGGAAUAAAUUUGAAAAAAUAAUUUCCAGGUGAAUCCUGCUCUUUUCUUUCGAAGUGGCAUUACUUGGUAUCUUUGCAUUUUAUAUGCAUUCUUCAAGUCAACUUGCUCGCUUAUAUGAACACUUUAUGCCAGAAUUCUGAUGGAAGGCUACUGUACCUUGUUCCUGGAGGUGACAGAAACAGAAACGGCUGAACCAAGCUGCUGACGUCCAAGAAGUGGAAAUAGAAGACCAGCAUUUGAAACAAUGUGGAGUGGAAAGAAGACCAGCAUUUGAAACAAAGAACUCUGCACAGACCUCUGCAGAGGUCUGUGUCCAACCUUUGUGCUCUGGAAACUACUCUGGAUUUUCUGAUUUUUCAAGUAACUUUAUAAUACUGUCAUAUGAAAGCAGCCACUUACAUGUCUACUGGAAUUUAUAAAAAAAACAUCUUGGAAUCUGCAGGUGAAGAAAAAGAGUAUGAAAAAGUAGCUGGUUUCUUUAUAUCUAUGCAAAACACAGCAAGGACCAAAAGUAACAAUUUACCAAAGCAGCAGAUUAUCUUGGAUAUGUUCUCCUGACACAGAAGUGUUUGAUGGGUCUGCUAACUGAUUUGGGUUUGGAAAAACAGGGAAAAAGUUAGCUUUUUGAAAAAUUUAGGAAGGGAACUGAUUUUUGAGAGAUGCAGCUUCUGCUGGCUGAAGCACAGGCAAGACAGAAUCCUGUAGAAGAAGAAAAAGAUGCCUGAAUGUAAGUUGCUCAGUUGACUGAAAACAGCACUACACUCAUUCAUUUGAUCAACCCAGAGUUAGCUGCAGGAGGAGCUAGAAUUCCUUAGCUUCAGAUUGUGAUUUCUCAUAUGCAAUUAUUUUAUGUAACAUGUUUUAAGAUGUUAGGCAAACGUGACUUAAAAUAUGUGAAUAUUGUCAGAGAAUAAUAUAUUGGCAUUUAACUAAUAAAGUGCUCAUAUUUUAUUUUGAAUAAAUAGAAGUAUUUUUAUAGUUACUACUCUUUUGCAGUUUCUUACUUUGAUAUAACUCCUUUGGUAAUAAAAUAUUUGUCUUCUAUGAAAUUGGGCUGUUCACUUUUUGACUGCCAUUACUCCUUUUUUAGUUUUUUUUUCAGAGAUAGUUAGUCAUUCGAAGCCCAGCUGGGGAAUUCCCACCUUAAAAUACCCAUUUCUUAGCUGCUUGUAAUCUGCCCAAUUUAGGUAAACAUUUCCAUACCACCCAUCUGCCUUGAACUGAAUACUUCAGGAAAGCUUUAGUUAAUUCAGCCUGUUGUUUCCUGGUUGGAAGUAAACUAACAUAAAUUGUUUUAUCUGUGCUAAAAGAAUUUUUCUGUAAAACUCCUCUGUAAAAAUUUUGGUAUUCAGAACAAACACCUGAAAAAGCAGUAGGAUGUGCUUCAAAGAACUGUUUUCUCAGUUGAUUGUAAAGAACACUAGUUUUAUGUAUUUGAGUGGAAUAAGAUUGCUGUACUAAAUCUGAGAGGGAAGAGGUUAAGAGCAAAGCAUGCUGUGCUUUCCCUCUCCAAACCCCUGUGUAUUUUUGAUGACAAUAAGGCAGGAGUGGUAACUUUGUAAACUGUGACUGAGACUUUCACAUAUUCUCUUUAGCUCUUCAUAGAAGAGAUUGCAACUUUAACUCCAAACACCUUAAAAAACUGAAACCAACCCCAACCCAUAAAUCUUUAAUGGAGCAGGGAAAGGAAACAUUUCCCAGUAUCAUACUGCAGAUAAAGAGAACGUAACCACAAUUGUAAGGACUUCGCUGGAAACCCUUUCUUCUGAAAGAGGACCCAGGAGACUGCGGAUUCAGUUGGUCUCUGAGACUGAAGAACAGUUGUUUUGAUAUUUUUUGGAAAUUCAAGAACAGUUGAAAGCCAGCACUUAUUUCCUAAUAACCACUUGGCAAGCAAAGGGCAGUGUGAGUUAAAGCAAAAAUACACAGAUGCAGUAUUAGCUACUACAAAGUUGAAAGGUCGGUCAGUUUAAGUUACUUAAUCAUCAGUCCACAACUUAAGUCUUGAGAGAAAUAAAUCAGUUCCAGGACUACCCUGGGCCAAAGACCAAGGGUAGAUCCAGAGCAGAAAUUUAAAUGAAGUGAU